AUGGAGGAGACCAAGCUUUCGGCCUCUGAGGAGCUACCUCAGACUCUUCAUGUCCCCAGAACUACAGUUGUGUGCUCAGGACAUGAUUCUGAUACCGAAGAUGACCCAUCCCUAGUUGAUUCGCCUCGGGUGCUGGACCUCAGCCAGCGGCCCGACAUCUCCGGUUUCCCUUUCCCGUCACGGUGGAAGUCUGCAGUGAGCCCGGGGACCGCUGCUCCUCAGCCUUCCAGCUGUAGCGUCUCUGCCUCCUCCACAGGCAGCAGCCUCCAGGGUCACCAAAAGAAGGCAGAGCCUCAGAGUUGCUCCCUUGCCAAGGUCUCCUCCUCCCUGGAGCUGGUUGUCCCCCAGGCACCCUCCUCUGUGGUGGGGCCAGGACCUCAGCUCCAGUGGUCGCCACUGCCUGUGUCCUCUGGGGGUGAUGCUGCUGGGCUGGGCAGGAGGCGCCUCUCCUUCCAGGCCGAGUACUGGGCCUGUGUGCUGCCAGAUUCCCUGCCUCCUUCUCCCGAUCGCCAUUCCCCUCUUUGGAACCCAAAUAAAGAGUAUGAAGACCUGCUUGACUAUACUUACCCACUGAGGCCUGGACCUCACCUCCCAAAGCACCUGGACAGCCAUGUGCCAGCUGACCCUGUCCUGCAGGACUCAGGUGUGGACCUGGAUAGCUUCUCUGUCUCCCCAGCAAGCACCCUCAAAUCACCCACUAAUGUCUCCCUGAAUUGCCCACCAGCAGAGGCCACUGCCCUUCCCUUUUCUGGGCCCAGAGAGCCAAGCCUUAAGCGGUGGCCUUCUGGAGUGCACCAGAAGCAGGGCAACAUGGGCUUGGCAUCUUGGAGCAAGCUCGCAUCUACCCCCAGAGACCUAGACAGCAAGAAUGCUCCUCGGGAUAGCAGACAGCCAGCCCUAAGGGGCGUAAAGGACUGGUUACCCAUGGACAAGCGCCUCGAGGUGGGCUCUCCCCAGCUGAGGACAUGGAACAGAGGGUGGCCCUCUCCCAGGCCAGAAAGAGAGAAGGGGGCUGACCAGAGUGUCUGGCACCCUGCCUGCAUGGAGCCUGGAUGGAAAUCAGAGGAGGAGUUGGAGAGUGAGGACGAGUAUCUUGCCCUGCCUACUCGGCUGUCACAGGUUUCUAGUUUAGUUUCGUAUAUAGGUUCCAUUCCCACCUUGGUGACCCUGCGUCCUGGGGCUGCCGAAGGGCAGAGCUCCCUGGAAGUGUCAGAAAGUGACGGGCCGACUUCCCUCCCAUCAGACUCUAGCCAAAGCCAGCUUCCAUCGACAGCCGCCCUGCGAGGGUCUGGGGACCCUGAGGGCCAGAACCACUGUUUCCUGCGCUCCUUGGCCCGUGCUCGGCACUCUGUAGGGGAAGGCGGUCUGGUGAGCAGCCAGGCCCUCGGGGGCUCCUCUGGACUGCUGAAAACACACACCUCCUUGCCAGCUGUGUUGGACCGGUGGCCAUUCUCAGACCCAGAUGCUGAAGGGCAGCUUCCUAGGAAGGGAGGAGAGCAGGGAAAAGAAUCGCUGGUACAGUGUGUGAAGACAUUUUGCUGUCAGCUGGAAGAACUGAUCCACUGGCUGUAUAAUGUCGUAGAUGUUACACACCACGGGAUUCCACCCAGGUCCAAUCUUACAGGUCUCAAGUCUUCUCUGCAGCUUUACCGGCAAUUUAAGAGAGAUAUAGAUGAACAUCAGUCCCUGACGGAGAGUGUCUUACACAAGGGGGAGACUCUUCUUCAGUGCCUGUUGGAUAACACCCCAGUUUUAAAGGACAUCCUUGGGAGGAUUGCGAAGCAGUCUGGUGAGCUGGAGAGCCAUGCAGACCGCCUGUAUGACUCCAUCUUAGCUUCUCUGGACAUGCUGGCUGGCUGUACCCUCAUCCCUGACAAUAAGCUGAUGGCAACAAAGGAGCACCCAUGUGAAGAGGUUUAACCUGGCAACUUCUCAGGCAGAGGUGCAGUCUAUCUGCCAAAACCCGCCUGGUGGGGAAAAAAGCCUUCAAGAAGUCCUUUGCAAGAGUCAUUCAACACUGAAGUCACAGGAGAAACUUUAAUACACUAGCUUUAAAAUACCUUCUCUUCCCUGAAGUAAGGGCUGUUGAGUUACUAUUUUUAUUUACAAUGAAUCCUUCCAAACUAGUUUUCCUUUUGGUGCUUCUCUACUGAGAUGUGACUUUGCAAUUUUAAAAAUUUUUGUGGCAGCUGGCUGGUAGAGGGAUCCAAACCCUUGACCUUGGUGUUACCAAAACCAUGCUCUAACCAACUGAGCUAGCCAGCCAACCCUUGCAAUUUUUGACCAAAUAAGACUUAAGGUCUUGCCUCCCCUCUAUUCAGUUAAAAAAGAGCAGACAAAGAUCCUGACUAUUCCACCUGCUGAGGUCGUUUACAGAAGGCUGAUAUGAGAAAGAAGGUUCCAAAUACUUGGUAUUCUCAGGCAUACAAGAGGACCCAAGAGACUGAAAAAGGGAAUGGUUGGCCAAAAAUCUUGGGUCAUUUCAUAAAAUGAAGUGUAAAUCCCUCUGAAGACUUAGAUAGAAGAGACUUUAACCCUUAGUCUGUAGAAGAAAAAAGGUAAAUGAACAGAACCUCUACAAAUUACUUUGGGCAAUUUAUGACACUUUUUGCCAUCUCGAGGACUUAAGGCUCCACCUUCCUGUCUAACUAGUAUUUUAAAAUGUGUUAGGGGUGUUGAUGACCCCAAAGUCAAGGGUUCAGAUCCCCAUACCAGCCAAAAAUAGAUGAUGUGUUAGUUACUUGGGGAACUGCCAUCGUGCUUCAGCAUGGCUAUUGAGCCCUUAUUGAUCAAGCUGAAGGGUACCACUGGGAGGACUCAUCCUUCUACUCCUAUUCUCUCUUGGAAGAGUAGUCCAAGGUCAGGGAAGGGAAUGGAUAGCAUCAUGCAGCCUGGUUCACUACAGAAACUAAAUAAUGAAGGAAAAAAGGGAAUCUUUUGUUGCUUUGGAGUUGACAUGUAAGUACCUUGAUAGAAAAAAAAAA